UCUUGAAGGCCGCUACCUCCAAACCACGAUGCAUCGCCAAUCGGUUGCGCGACUUGCUCGCCAGUGCGGGGGCCUUCCGCUGGCCGAAUUGCCUCCUCCUUACCUUGCGCCGUCCCUUCAUUUCUCCCGGAUUCAGUGCUCGAACUUUUCGUCGACCGCUGUCGCCGCUGGCCAUGGACGUGAUCUGAGCAAAUCACGCGGUGUGUCCGCCAUCCACCAUACCGGCCCCAAGUUUAAAUUGGGCGUUUCGAAAUACCCCCUGCCCAAGCCUGUCUCGCCGGAAACCCUCGAGAAGCGUCAUCCUACCCCGGAUCAUGGCCUUUGGGGAUUCUUCCCUCCGGACCACCAGGCACUUAGCACGCCGAAAUACGAUCAUGCGCAUGGUCGGUCCUGGUCAAUUCAGGAACUCCGUGAGAAGUCCUGGGAGGAUCUCCAUGCUCUUUGGUGGGUCUGUGUCAAGGAACGCAAUCGCAUAGCCACCUCUCAGCUGGAAAGACAGCGACUGAAGGCAGGUUACGGAGAAUGGGAGCUUGACAAUCGGGACCGGACGAUCCGUGUUACGCAAAAGAGCAUCAAGCACGUUCUUCGGGAAAGAUGGUAUGCUUGGGAAGACGCCCAGAAAUUGUACAACAGUGGUUACCGGCCACAGGAAGAGGGUGCUGAAGAGGCAUCGAGCACGGCAUAAUCUAGAUAGAGCGUUACAGUUACCAGAAACGGGCUGUAAGAGCUCCUGUCUCGGAUUAGUUCUGUGUAUGUAGUAUUAUCACUCUGUAUUAGUCCAAUUGAUUCUAUAUGAUUCGUGAACUAGUUCCGAUGCUUUAUGGAGAUGAGUACCGAAAAGGGGAAAGGAUUUGUCACUGAGUCUAGAUCGUAUACCUUCUGACUUAAUAGUGCAGGAGUUGUCCGAUUAGGGGUGAAAGCAAAGGUACUUAUGUGUAUAUAAUAAUUGGCAUCUAUAUACUCCUUGGAGUCCACGAUCUCCACAGAUUAUUAAGUUCAUCCGAUGGGAAAAGGGGUAACUCAGAGCGGUUCAGGAGGUUUACGUAUUUAGAUUAAUGAUUUUAUUAUAUUUUAUCCUCUUUAGUGUA